AUGGUGAAGACUUUUCAGGCUUAUUUGCCACAUUGCCACCGUACAUACUCGUGCGUCCACUGUCGGGCGCACUUGGCCAAUCACGACGAGCUCAUUUCAAAAUCAUUUCAAGGUAGCCAAGGAAGAGCAUAUCUUUUUAAUUCUGUUGUAAACGUCGGCUGCGGUCCAGCAGAAGAACGUGUCUUGUUGACUGGACUUCACGCAGUCGCUGAUAUUUAUUGUGAAUGUUGCAAAACAACUUUGGGUUGGAAAUAUGAACAUGCAUUCGAAUCAAGUCAAAAAUAUAAAGAAGGAAAAUAUAUUAUUGAGUUGGCUCACAUGAUCAAAGAAAAUGGUUGGGACUGA